AUGUCCACCCGGUACCACCAGGCAGCCGCUGAUGGCAACUUGGAGCUGCUGAAAGAAGCCACCCAAAAAGAUCUCAACACCUCCGACGUGGACGGGAUGACGCCCACCUUGCUGGCCUCAUACCACGGACGCCUGGAGGCGAUGGAAGUCAUCUGCCGAAGAGGAGGGGAUCCAGACAAGUGUGACAUUUGGGGGAACACCCCUCUCCACCAUGCAGCCUCCAACGGCCACAUCCACUGUGUUUCCUUCUUAAUCAACUUUGGCGCCAAUAUCUUCGCCCUGGAUAACCACAUGCGCUCUCCUCUGGACGCGGCUGCCAACAGGAACCACUACGAAUGCGUCCGAGUCCUUGACAACGCCGCCACGGAGCAGACCAUCAAGAACCCCAAAAAAGCCUCCCACAUGAAGGCCCAGGCCCAGCGUAACGCUGAGAGGCAGAUCCAGGAGUGUGAACGACGCCAAGAGAGACACGAGUAUAAAAUGAACAAGCAUUACAACAGGACGCAUGCCGCGGGAGGAACGACCACCCAGGAGCGCGUGAAGAAUUUUUUUACCUCCAGCUCACUAGGGACAGUCCCCAAAUAUUUGAAGGACACCUUCAGGCGAAGGGCAAAAAAGAAAGAGGAUUUAGAUGACCAGAACAUGGAAAGCAGUAACCAAGCAAAGGACAUCCCAGCGGGCCGUACAACCGUGAUGGACAUGUUCAACGAAAACGAGGAGGACGAACCAGAAAACCAAGGCAAAGACGGUAUUUCUGAAGAGGAACAGAAGUCAAUUUUUAAUCGCCCCGGUCUUGGUAACCUUGUUUUCAGGAACAAUUUGGCCACGGGCGUAACUGCUGCCCCCGUGUUGCCUGAGAAAGAAGAGAUCCGUUUCCAAAUACCCAACGAACUGUUUCAGUUCAAAAGGGCCGAGGUGGCUGAGGACCCGGAUCUGGGGAACGAUCCUGAGGCACCUUGGAUCGAAGAAGACAUCGGGUGGGAUGACGACAAUGUGGAGACCACCCCCCUCGAAGUUUUUCUGGCAUCGCUGGAGCUGAAUGAAUUCCUUCCUAUCUUGAUGAGAGAAAAUAUUGAUUUAGAGACGCUCACGUUGUGUUCGGAUGAAGACCUCCGGAGCAUACAGAUGCAGCUGGGGCCGAGGAAGAAGAUCCUCCAUGCAGUGGACAGAAGGAAGCAAGCAUUGGCAAAGCCGGGCAAGCCAGAAGACACCAAGCUAUAA